AUGGCAGCCUUAUCAUUAUAUCUGCUGCUUACUUGGAUAUUCUUGCUGUCUCUCUUUCGUACUAGGUUUGCUGAGGUACUUUGUCAUGCGGACGAGAGCUCUGCCUUGAUGGAAUUCAAGAGAAGUUUCAGAACCAACACGACAGAUUGGCGAUGCAUUCAUCCAAAAGUCCAUUCCUGGUCACUGGAUGGAAGUGGAGAUUGUUGUUCAUGGGACGGCAUCAAAUGUGAUGAAGUCACCGGCCGAGUGAUCGCCCUCAACCUUAGUAGCAGUUGUCUCUCAGGCACCAUGAGUCCUAACACCACUCUCUUUCGACUCGUUCACAUGGAGUCGCUCAAUCUCGCUUUCAACAGCUUCAACUUCUCCUCAAUUCCGUACGGCUUCGGUAAUCUUUCAAAGUUACAAUACCUUAAUCUCUCCUCCUCUGACUUUUCUGGUGAAAUCCCUCACGAUAUCUCGCAACUCUCCAAGUUAGUUUCUCUUGAUUUGUCCUCUUCUUCGUCUGAAACACUUCGUAUGCCCAACAUGGGCGGCUUCGUUCAUAACUUGACUGGGCUAAAAGAACUUGAUCUUUCUUUGGUAAGCUUGUCAUCACCUUUCCCACCUAUGCUAGCGAAUUUCUCUUCCUUGACAUUGCUCAGGCUAGCAUCUUGCGAAUUGAGUGGAAACUUUCUAGUCAGCAUUUUCCAGCUGCCAAACUUAGAAGUCCUUUCCAUUGCUGACAAUUCCGACCUUUCUGGGUUUUUUCCCGAGCCACACUGGGGUUCUCCAUUGAAAUCCUUAUACCUUUCCCGAACCAACUUCUCGGGAGAAAUACCCUCUUCGAUUGGAAAUCUUAGUCUCUUGAAUGAGUUAAGAGCCGAGAAUUGCUAUUUCUCAGGAUCGCUUCCAUCUUCAAUGGGUAAUCUUUCUCAUCUCACUAUUUUGGACUUUUACGCAAAUAACUUGCAAGGUCAAAUCCCUGUUUCCUUUGCUAAUCUUACCCAGCUAUUGGAGCUACAGCUCUCUAACAAUAACUUGCAAGGUCCAGUCCCUGUUUCCUUUGCUAAUCUUACCCAGCUAUUGGAGCUAUAUCUCUUUGACAAUAACUUGAGCGGUGAUUUUUUGGAGUGGGUGGUCAACUUGACAAAACUCACCAGCUUGGACAUUUCAGGUAAUCAGUUAAGCGGUGGAUUUCCAUCUUCAUUUGAGAACCUAAAGCAGUUGACUCAUCUUGGCCUUUCUGGCAACGACUUGCACGGUGAUAUUCUGGGCGCAUUGUGGAAUCUAAAGGAUCUCAAGUCGCUUUUUCUCGAGUCACUUAAUCUCAAUGGUGUUCUCGAUGCGAAUGAUCUAUUCACACUCAAGAACUUGACAAAGUUAGUUUUGUCCAACAAUAACAUAUCUUUCACCAAGUCAUUCAUCAAUGCCACGACAUCGAAGCUGGCCUACUUAUACUUGGAUUCAUGCAACUUGACCGAGUUCCCACGGUUUAUAGGCUACUUGAGCGAAUUGGAGAUGUUAUUCCUACAACACAACAGAAUUCAAGGGAUGAUUCCUAGAUGGAUGUGGAACAAUAGCAAAGAAUCUCUAAGGUAUGUAGAUCUUUCUCACAAUCUUUUAACUGGCUUCGAAAAUAACCAGACCAAUCUUCCUUUGCCGAACUUGAACAUUCUUGACAUUAGUUCUAACUUGCUAAAAACAACCCUCCCUGUCCCACCUCCCUUGGUCAUGGUAUACAACAUCUCCAACAAUUUCCUAUUUGGGGAAGUUCCAACAUCCAUAUGUGAAGUGAGCUAUCUUACCGUGCUCGAUUUGUCCAACAAUACUCUGAAUGGCACACUUCCUCCUUGUUUGGGAAGUAUUCAUCCUUUGAUUUUAUUGAACCUUGCGAGAAAUAAAUUCGAUGGCAUGAUUCCUCACAUUUACUUAGAUGAUUGUGCAUUGAGGUUGAUUGACCUCAGAGAAAACCAACUAAGUGGUAUUGUUCCGAAAUCUUUAGGAAAUUGCAGAAUGCUAGAGUAUUUGAAUCUUGGUGACAACCAAAUUAAUGAUACGUUCCCAUUUUGGCUAUCGGAAUUGACCUACCUAAAAGUAAUUGGCUUGCGGUCCAAUAAUUUCCAUGGUCCCAUAGAAUCUAAUCUAAGCCAGCUCAACUUCACCAGUUUACACAUUCUGGACAUUUCCAACAAUAGCUUCAAUGGCGAAUUUCCUUCCAACUUGUUGAAGAGUUGCCACGCCAUGAAGGUCAUGGUUGGUCAAGAUAAAUUGGCAUAUUUGGAUAUUGAAACGUUUCCUAAUGCUUCAUUCUCCAUAAGUAUGACUUAUGCGAUGAAAUUGAUGAAUAAGGGCAUGAAAAAGGAAUAUGCAAAGAUUCCAUAUGUCCUCAUCGCAAUUGACCUCUCCAACAACAAGUUUGAAGGGUUCAUUCCUGAACUCAUUGGAGAUCUAGAAUCACUUCGCAUGCUCAACCUUUCAAACAACCUUCUCAAUGGUAGCAUCCCUCCUUCCUUGGCCAAUCUCACAGUGCUCGAAGCACUGGAUCUUUCCCAAAACAAUCUUGUGGGAGAGAUUCCUCAACAACUAGCCCGCCUCACAUUUCUUUCGGUUUUCAAUAUCUCUCACAAUCGUCUAUCAGGACCAAUACCACAUGGAACACAAUUUGAUACAUUCGAGAGUAGUUCAUUUGCGAUGAAUAAUGGUUUGUGUGGAAGCCCCUUGCCAAAUAAAUGCACAAAUGGUGAGGAUGCUCCAGCACCACCAUCAUCUUUCAAAGUGGAUGAUGAAGAAGAGUGUGUCUUCAACUUGGAUUGGAGAAUCGUGUUGGUUGGCGUCGGAGUCGGGUUUUCGGUUGGUAUUGUGAUAGAGAACCUGAUCAUUGACGAUAAGAGGAUGUGGUUCUUGUGCUGCUCCAAGAAAAUGGCAAAAGGAUGGAAAAAGGUGAGGAAAGCUCUGGCAGACAAGAAAUUAUGCAGCUAG